CCAUACCCAACCCAUUGUCAAUGGGUCUACUUGGGUUUGGGUAUAAUUACCCAUGGGUGGGUAAUUUGCCAUCCCUACUCAUGCAUAUGAUUGAUUGUAUUUCACGCAAUCACGCCUACGACCAUAAUCAUUAGGGUUGGCCUUGUAUCCCUGUUAUUUAUCCACCAAUCAUUGAUUGUAUUUCACGCAAUGACACUCCCAUAUUUAGCAGACCGACCACUUACUUGCAUCACCACAAAACAAAAUAUUAGAAAUGAAUGAGACAAACACUAGCAUUGCUCAAUGAAAAAUGUGUUAAAAAAUAUCUCACUAGUUGCACGUAGUGAUCUACGGCAGUCAUAUAUUCGGGUACAUAAGAUCCUCGCUCGAGCCCAUGACUUGCUAGCUCUGAAAGAAGUUAAUCCCACAGGAGGAUCCGAGUUGAGCACCCAACAGACAGGUGUCGCCUGUAAAUCGUAACAUAAACAUAAUAAAUCCGGGAUAAUGUAUUGUUAGAUAGAUUGAUUCUUGAUAUGAUGGUCGGAUUAGAGCUUUUGGACAAAUUAAAUGCUAUAUUAAUGAAAGCCAAAUCACUUCGUAAAAUUGUUCACUUUCACAUAAGAUAUUUUGUAGUUGAGGUAAAAUAGAGGGACCGAAAUGAUAGAAAACCACAAAAAAGCGUUGUCUAGUUGGAAAGGAUAACGGAGGCCAAUGCAGCAUAGAAGGGCCCAACAAUUUUAGCGGCCCACUUACAGCCCGACGACUACACCUUGACUAAAGCCCGUGUAAACUGGCGCGAAAAUCACCCGUUUCCCGCCAGAGACUCCGUUCCCCGGACCAAAUAGGCGGCAGUACUCUUCACUCAUUUCCCUUCGUUACGCUUCCAGUUGUUGCCUCCCUCCGCCGUCUCUCCGCAGCCAUGGCUUCCGACUCUUCCCCAGCUCGCUUCAACAAUACACCUUCUUCCCCGGAUGAUUCUGCCUUCUCGAGUCCAAUCGGAGACACAAUUUCUUCCCCCGCAGCCGGUACGUCUCGCCGGAAUAAACGAGGGAGAGGCAGAUCGGCUGCAACUCCGGCCUACGACACUCCUCCGCAUCCCAAUAACCACUCCCGCUUUGCCGGUUCGGAGUCGACCCCAACUCCACUCCACAAUACAUCGAACUCCCGCCGCGGUCAUGGCGGGCGUCCGCCGACGCCCUCCUCCACUUCGGAGGGUGCGCCGUCUUCGGAAGCCGGAGAUGACAUGGACGAGGCCGCUCCCACGUUCGUGUGGGGCACCAAUAUCAGCGUGCAAGAAGUGAAGAGCGCCAUUCAGAUGUUUCUGAAGAAUUUUAGGGAUGCUCGGAGUCAGGGAGCGGAGAUUUACGAGGAUGGGGAGUACAUGAAGGCGAUUCACAGGGUGUUGGAGAUUGAAGGGGAGUGGCUCGAUGUUGAUGCACACGAUGUGUUUGAUUAUAAUCCUGAACUGUAUGGAAAGAUGGUUAGGUACCCUCUUGAGGUUUUGGCUAUCUUCGAUAUUGUUCUGAUGGAUAUGGUGAGCCAGAUCAACCCGCUGUUUGAGAAGCAUGUCCAAGUCAGGAUCUUUAAUCUGAAGGGCUCUACUACUAUGAGAAAUCUCAACCCUUCUGACAUUGAGAAGAUGGUGUCACUCAAGGGAAUGGUGAUUCGGUGCAGUGCUAUUAUUCCAGAGAUUAGGGAGGCAACAUUCAGAUGCCUUGUGUGCGGUUACUUCUCUGACCCCAUUGUUGUGGAUAGAGGACGUAUAAGUGAACCUACGUUGUGCCUAAAGCAAGAAUGUCAGGCAAAGAAUUCUAUGACACUAGUACACAACCGAUGCAGGUUCGCUGAUAAGCAAAUCGUGAGACUCCAGGAGACACCUGAUGAGAUCCCUGAGGGAGGAACACCACAUACGGUGAGUCUGUUGAUGCAUGACAAGCUGGUGGAUGCUGGAAAGCCAGGUGACAGAGUUGAGGUGACUGGAAUUUACAGGGCAAUGAGUGUCAGGCUUGGACCCACUCAGAGAACUGUGAAGUCACUAUUCAAGACAUACAUUGACUGCCUUCAUAUCAAGAAAACUGACAAGUCAAGAAUGGCGGCAGAGGAUGCCAUGGAAAUUGAUAGUAGUACCCAGAAGCAUGACGAAGAUGUCGAAUUUGACGAAGCUAAGAUAGAGCGGUUGAGAGAGCUGUCAAAGCUUCCUGAUAUAUAUGACAGACUAACUAGGUCUUUGGCACCAAACAUUUGGGAGUUAGAUGAUGUUAAAAGGGGGCUUCUUUGCCAGCUCUUUGGUGGAAAUGCUCUCAAAUUACCUUCUGGCGCCAGCUUCCGUGGUGAUAUUAACAUCCUUCUGGUUGGUGAUCCCGGGACCAGCAAGUCUCAGUUGCUCCAGUACAUACACAAGCUAUCACCUCGUGGUAUUUACACCAGUGGAAGGGGAAGCUCCGCUGUUGGAUUGACUGCUUAUGUCAGCAGAGAUCCUGAAACAAAAGAAACGGUUCUGGAGAGUGGAGCUCUUGUUCUGAGUGACAGAGGCAUCUGUUGUAUUGAUGAAUUUGACAAAAUGUCUGAAAAUGCCAGAAGCAUGCUACAUGAGGUGAUGGAGCAACAAACUGUUUCCAUUGCAAAAGCUGGGAUUAUUGCUACUCUUAAUGCUAGAACAUCAGUAUUGGCAUGUGCCAAUCCUAUUGGUUCUCGUUAUAACCCCAGGCUAUCCGUCAUUGACAACAUACACUUGCCUCCUACAUUGUUAUCCAGGUUCGAUUUGAUAUAUUUGAUUCUUGACAAGGCCGAUGAGCAGACAGACAAGCAUCUAGCAAGACAUAUUGUUUCUUUGCACUUUGAAGAUCCUGAGUUAGCUCAGCAGGAUGUGUUGGACAUUGCUACAUUAACUGCAUACUUGAGCUAUGCUCGCAAUCACAUUAACCCUCAGUUGUCUGAUGAAGCAGCUGAGGAGUUGACACGUGGCUAUGUUGAAAUGAGAAGGAGAGGCAACUUCCCCGGCAGUAGUAAAAAGGUGAUAACAGCAACACCGAGACAGAUAGAAAGCUUGAUACGGAUUAGUGAAGCUCUUGCUCGGAUUCGCUUCUCAGAGACUGUGGAGAAGCACGAUGUAACAGAGGCAUUCCGGCUUCUCGAAGUAGCUAUGCAGCAGUCAGCAACAGAUCACGCUACAGGAACAAUUGACAUGGAUCUCAUCACAACUGGAGUCUCUGCUAGCGAAAGGAUGAGAAGGGAAAAUCUUGUGAUAUCAACUAGAAACAUAAUAAUGGAGAAGCUGCAGCUCGGCGGACCCUCCAUGCGGUUAUUGGAGAUAUUGGAGGAGCUAAAGAAGCAGAGUUCUGCUUUUGAAGUCCACCUUCAUGAUCUGAGAAACGCAGUUGCAACCCUGCAAACUGAAGGAGUUGUGGCUGUUCAUGGUGAUAAUGUGAAGAGGGUAUAGAAGGAGAAUGGAAUUCUACUACUAAUUCAGUGGAUGUGCUGUGCUCUGAACGGGGCUAAUUAAAAAACACGCAAUACCAAUUUCAAUUGUGCAAAUCAGUAAAUAAAACAAUAUCAC